GAGGAGGAGGAGGAGGAGGAGGAGGAGGUGCGGUCUCAGUUUCUAGAUCUACAGAGGAGGCUGCAGACAGCAGAAGCAGUGAACCAGGGAGCGUCGCAAGAGCUCACCAGCAUUCUGCAAAGCAUCAAGCGCAUCAUUGCUGAGAAGAGGAGUGCCACCCACGGCCAGACCAAAGAGACCAAGAAAAAUGUCAACGUCACUGAAAACCGUAAACAUCAUGUAUCGAAUAUCUACUACUACCUGCCUCAUCUGACUCAACGUGAGGACAGCUUGCGUCCAAAUGUUGCCAUUGGCCAAGGGAGAACUAAUGUUUCCCUGGUGCUGGGUGUCCCCACUGUGAAGAGGGUGAAGAAGAACUACCUGAUGGAAACGUUGAACUCCCUUUUAUACGAGCUGUCUCAGGAGGAUAAGAGCGAUUGUUUAAUCAUAGUCUUCAUUGCCGAGGCAGAUGUGCAGUAUGUUAAUAGCUUGGCAGCCAAUAUAAAACAGGGCUUCCCAAGUGAAGUGCAGUCUGGACUCUUGGAAGUGGUCUCUCCUUCUCCAGGCUUCUACCCCAGUUUCACAGACUUGAAGGAAACAUUUGGGGACACACAACAAAGAGUGAAGUGGAGAACCAAACAGAACUUGGAUUACAGCUUUCUGAUGCUGUACGCCCAGAACAAAGGAAGUUUUUAUGUUCAGCUUGAAGAUGACCUUAUAGCACGGACUGGCUAUUUUCAAACUAUGAAGAAUGUUGCGCUACAGCAAACAUCAGAGUGGAUGGUUAUGGAGUUUUCACAGCUUGGCUUUAUUGGCAAAAUGUUCAAGGCUUCAGACCUUCCUCUGAUUGUGGAGUUUAUUCUGAUGUUCUACAAAGACAAGCCUAUAGACUGGUUGCUGGACCAUCUGCUGUGGGUGAAGGUCUGCCAUCCAGAAAAAGAUGCUAAACACUGCGACAGGCAGAAGAGCAGCUUGAGAAUUCGCUACAAGCCGUCUCAGUUUCAACAUGUGGGCACACACUCCUCGCUGCCUGGAAAAAUUCAGAACCUGAAAGAUAAGGAUUUCGGUAAACAGAUGCUGCACAGAGCCAACCAAAACCCAUCUGCUGACAUCACCAUGAGCCUGACAGCCUAUCAGCACUUCUCAAUCGAGAAGGCCUACUAUGGGCAGGGUUUCUUCUGGGCUCUCACACCUGUCUCCGGGGACCACAUCACUAUCUCCUUCCACCAUCCUGUAACAGUAAAAAGAUACCUAUUCAGAAGUGGCAAUGUAGAACACCCAGGAGACAAAUUGUUCGAUACAAGCGUGGAAGUGCAGCCAGCAAAUAAAUUAGUUCUGGAGAAGAUGAAGGAAGGAUUAUUGUCCACAAAUGAACAAACCAAAGAUGGCUAUAUAAGAAUAGGUGCCUUCGUGAAUGGAGUGGCUGAAGGUGAGGUCCCCCUUGUGGAGAAAAUCACAGCCAUUCGCUUGUUCAUCCACUCCAAUUCCCCUGCCUGGGUGCUUCUGAGUGAGAUAUUCAUCGAGACAUAACUGUGAGAACAGGACAUACAGUAAGAAAACUACAGCUUCUGAACAGCCUUUGGCAUAAAAGCUCUUUCAAUGGAGAUAAAUAACUGUUAUAAGCAAUGCUGGUCAUCUAGUGGUGAAGCACCCGAGAAGCAUUGUGAGACUGUUUAGCACUACUCUAGUGGCUGAAGCUGAAGAGUGUACAAAUGAAAACCUUGAAGGUGGAAAUAAAACUAUCAGUGUGUUUGUGAAAGCAGAAUACCAAGAAAUGUAGCAUUGUUGUCCAUAAAUGGUAUAAACUACACUAAAAUAUGUGGGCACUGUGCAUGUAAUAUAUAUCAUAGUACGGUAAGUAUGCUGUACAAUUGAAGCUGGGGUGGGAUUUCUCUAAGAAUUAUUGCACAAACAGCAUACAUCCCCAAAUGUUUUACACGUUUGUUUUUACACAAUACCAAUAUAUUUGUUCUAUUCUAACUUAUUAUACUCAUUCUUAACACAGCAACUUUUUUACAUCUUCUUCUGAGUUUGCCUUCUCCUGAUUUGUCUUGCCUAUUCAGAUGUCAUGUGAAUGUAUUUUAUUUGUGUUUAUAUUCUGUUUACUGCCAUUCUGAGGGGAUUUUUAAGUUCUGGUACUGAACAGCUACCUCAUUCUGUUCAAAUCAUAUGAAAAUAAGACCUUUCAACUCUACCAGCCCCAUCUGUAGUGAGAAAGCAGAGGGCCAAGGAGGUUCUCUGGCAUUUUUCUAGUAUGUAAUACACCUGGCAAAGCUAUGUGCCUGUCAGAGAUUUCUAAGCAAAGCCCAAUGUAAUAUUAAAAGUCAAGAAAAAGAGAUACAGGUUAGUUUUACUUAACAAAACAAACUAUCUUGUGAUAGUUAGGAUAUUAGGAAGUGCUACUGAAAUGAGAAAAAAAAGCAAACAGGUGUUACAUUGAAAUAGUUUGUAAUUAAUGUUGAUCUGCACAAUUCAGAACCUCACAGUAGUUUUCAAAUUCAGAAUACUAAGAAGAAUGCAAUAAGCAUACAUACUAUGUGAUAUAUGUUUUUAGGAGGUAUACAAUAUUGUUAUUAAGGGUAUAACAUUUGUAAAUUAUGGGUCGAAAUGUUAAAAAAAAAAUCAAUCUUAUUUUUAUUUAUUUAUUUGUGUGGU